UGAUCGUCAGAGUUGAGCAGUGAUCGGUUCCUUUAGCAUUGUUUGUGUGUUUUAUUUGUGAUCCGCGCGUUAUUAAGACCAUUCGAGCCUUAUCACUUCAGCAGUGUGAGUGUGUGAAGCGUUGCAUACCUGUAGAUUCGUAGAGCAGAUGUGUAUAUGUUGUGUGGUGUGAUGGCGUGUUUGCAGUGUGCUGGACUGUGAUUGGCCAGUGCCGUGUGCGCGCUCAUGGUGCGGUGGUUGUGGGCGGCGCGCAGAUCAGCUGCGCUGCUCGUGAGACUCAAUAAUAAACCCGCUUCAGGAGCAGAAACUCUUCAUUUACCAGCUCAACAUCAUCACGGUCAGGUCAGACGGCUCAGUUCACCUGUAAACAUGCCGGAGAUUAACAUGGAUAAUCUGGAUGAGAAGCAGGUGCAGUUGCUGGCAGAAAUGUGCAUCCUGAUCGACGACAAUGACAGAAAGAUUGGAGCUGACAGCAAGAAGAACUGCCAUCUCAACUCAAACAUUGAUAAAGGAUUGUUGCAUCGAGCGUUCAGUGUUUUCCUGUUUAACAGUGAGGAAAAGCUUCUCCUUCAGCAGAGAUCCAAUGCCAAAAUCACUUUUCCAGGCUGUUUUACCAACACUUGCUGUAGUCACCCGCUACACACUGCCAGUGAACUGGAGGAGCAGGACGUCAUCGGGGUCCGCCGCGCCGCACAGAGACGCCUCCAAGCUGAGCUCGGCAUUCCCGUGGAGCAGGUGCCUCCAGAAGAGAUGACCUACCUGACCCGCAUCCAGUACAAAGCCCAGUCAGACGGCGUUUGGGGCGAGCACGAAAUCGACUACAUCCUCUUCAUGCAGAAAGAUGUGGAUCUGAAUCCAGACCCCAAUGAGAUCCAGAGCCACUGCUACGUGUCCAAAGAGGAGCUGAAGGAGAUCCUGGAGAAAGCCAAGAGGAAAGAGCUGGAGGUCACGCCCUGGUUCAGUCUCAUCGCCGAAACCUUCCUCUUCAAGUGGUGGGACAACCUCCAUAACCUCAAACAGUUCAUCGACCACGACAGGAUCCACCGCAUGUAAGCACACACUUAGUUACUAAAGGACACUUAAACGGUUAAUAGGCCAUACGUCACACUGAUAAACACUGGACGCUGAUAAAGGGCUUGUCUUGUUAGAAAGCCUUUGUUUGUAAAUGUUUGCACUUUUAUUUAGCAUUAAAGUUCUAGAUUAGAACUUUAAUCCACUUACACACUCAGCAUUUGCCGUCUUUCUGUCAGAGGAUUUGAGGAAGGAUGGCUAACAAACACUUUGUCCAUUUGUGUAAAGUGCCUAGUUUCAUGGCAGAGACUUUGCUUUUGAGAGAAUGUUUUGUGUUGAUAAAACUAUCAGGGCUCAUGAAGUGGUUUACAAUUAUGUAAAGUAAUUUUUAGAGAAGGAAAAUAAAAUUUGGUUUCUCAUAGUCUCA